GUGGGUUCUGAUCUGAUGACCGCAGCAUGUUGGGACACGAAUCCGACCGAGCCAACGAGUAGAAAUAACCAAUGAAACAUCGACAGCAUCAUGAAUAAAGGAGUUCAAAACAAGCUCGCGGUUGACGACUGGGCGCGCGCACAGAGGACGUUCUGGGAAGUUCGGACCCUCAAGUGAGUCCCGAACGAGGCGGGACCAGAGCCCAACGAGAGACAAAGAACUUCCUGAGUGUGCAGGGUCAUCCUCCUGGUCUUAGUCCUGGUCCUGGUGGUCGUCCCAUGUCGGGCCACUGAGGGCUGGACGCGUCCAAUGACCUGCCAGUCCUCCGAGGCGUCGGGUGAGAGCAACCCAGGAGUGGGGGCGGCCUCCAGGAGGACUGUGGAGUGUGACGAGAGCCGUGUCUCCUUGGCCAUGAAGGAAUUGAACAGCACAGGCUGGUACUGGGGAAGCCUGAGUGCCAACCAGGCCAAAGAGAUCCUGCAGGACGCAGCCGAGGGAACCUUCCUAGUGCGGGACAGCUCUCAGAGGGACUACCUGUUCACCAUCUCUGCCAUGACGUCGGCAGGUCCCACCAACCUCCGCAUCGAGUACCAACACGGCAAGUUCAAGCUGGACUCUGUGCUUCUGGUCAGACCCAAACUCAAGCAGUUUGACAGCGUGGUCCACCUGGUGGAGCACUACGUCCAACUGUCCAAGACCGGCCACAAGAAGGCGCCCGAGUCUCAGCCCUCCACGCCACGUAACGGCACAGUGCCGCUGCUCCUCACCCGGCCUGCCUACGCCACCAUCCCGCCGCUGCAGCACCUGUGUCGCGUCACCAUCAACAGAAGCGCAGGGCGGGUCCGGGACCUGCCCCUGCCCAACAGACUAAAGGACUACGUGGCCGACUACACCUACAAUGUGUAGCACGAUCAGCUGACUGGUUCUGAGGCUGCCAGGACACCAAAAUGUUCCAUGAUCACAGCGUCACAUCAUUCCACAGCGUCUUUUUCCUGCUUUGUCCAGGUCAAAGGGCAGGUGACUCUACCUUGAAACACAAGCGUGUGUGUGUGGUACAGAUGCCGACCAUUGUUGUGUCCUCGGCGUUGGGUCCUGAUGGACAGAUAGCUUGAUAGCAGCAGACGUCUGACCUCAUGCACAAAUGCUGAUGAUCUGAUAUUUAAAUAAAACAAACGUGACUGUUUGAUUUGCUGCACGGA